AUGACCGGAGGGCACAAGCCCAUCCGGCUCCCGCCGCUCAAGACGCUGCGCGUCCACGCCCCCAAGCGCCAGCCAGAGAACCCUUGCAUCGCCAUCAUGACCAGCGUCUUGGCGUGCUGGGCGUCCGCGGGCUACAAUGCCUCCGGAUGCGGCGCUCUCGAGAACCAGCUGCGGCGCUGCAUGGACGGUCCGCCGCCGCCGCCUGCCCCCGCCAACACGAUCAACUAUCACCUCUCACGAAUGCAAAAGUACGUCACGAGCCCGCGGAAGCAAAAGUAA